GUAACGUACAUUCACAAGGAUUUAAAGUAAGUGUAGCUUAUAGUACAGCAGUAGUGCACUUCAAGUGGAAAUAAAUUGGAUUUUACCUUCUGAGACAGCUUCAAUCUCAGUUCAUUCACAUUUCAAACCGUUUGACUGUGCUGUCAUCUCUUCAAGCAGAGCUCAUGGAGGAUGCUGACCACCACGCCUCUUCAGUGGCAAACUUGGUCAGUGACAACAGUGAUAAUGGCUACACAAAACUUAUUGGAGAUGGCAGAAAGCUUCAGUAUUCAGUUCAUGCAUUGAGAAACAACCCUAUCCGAGUUGCGACACUGUGCCUCGCCCUGCUGUGUGCUCUCCUAUUGGCUGGACUCAUAGGUCAGAGUGUUCACCAUCAAAAAGUAGAACAAGAUCAACAGAACAAACUGACCACCAUGAGUAAAGCCAAAGAGGAUCUACAGGAGAAACUCACAACAGUGCAAAAACAGAAAAGGGAUAUAGAGGCCAAUCGACAUGAAUUGAUGAUAAGGAACACUGACGAAGAAGUAAAGUCAAACAAGUUGCGAUUCAGUAACAAUUUACUGACUGAAGAAACAAACCAACUUCAACUUAGUCAAAGUCAGUUACAGGCCAGUCAUGAUGGUUUAAGCCGAGAGGUGGAACCGCUAAGAGCCAGUAAAGAGCAGCUGCAGACUAUCAACAAUGCCCUGUCUAAAGACAAAGACUUGUUACAGAAACAAUAUGAUGUCCUGCUCAAACUCAAAAACGAGCUCCGUGACAGUUAUGACUCUGUGACUAAAGAAAGGGACAAUCUGCAAAAUAAAAUCAAUAAUGUGAGCAGAUCAAGAGGUGAGCUGCAGUCCAGUUACAACAACCUGUUGAAGGACGUCCAACAUUUGCAAGAAAGAUACAACUUCACCUCCAAAGAAAAAGACAAGAUAGCAAGCAGUCUCCAAUUCCUGACAGAAGACAAAGCCAUUCUGCAGAACACUGCUGCCAUAUUUAAGAAAUCAGUAAGUGAGUUGGAAAAAGCCUACGGCACACAUGAGAAGGAGCAACGGGAUUUUGAAACCACAUGUGAAAUUGAAAUACAAGAGAGAAGAAGAAUGCAGGAGAGAAACAACAAUCUGACUGCUGAAAGAGACCAGCUGCGGGGGGAAGUCGAGAGACUGAAUGCUACCUUUGUAGGAAAGAAAUGUAACAAUGGCUGGAGGAAAUACGAGAACAGCUGCUACUUCACUUCUGUUGUGAAGAAAUCCUGGAAUCUGGCCAGACAACACUGCCAAAGCAUGGGAGCAGAUCUGACUGUCAUCAAAAGUCAAGAGAAAAUGAAUUUCACCAAUAGCUUGUAUGAAAGUGACAAAGAAGUUUGGUUUGGUCUGACUGAUGAAGGAGUUGAGGGGCAGUGGAAAUGGGUCGAUGGAACUCCAAUGACCACAGCGUUCUGGGGUAAAGGUCAGCCUAACAGCCAUAAUGGGAAGAACCAGGACUGUGUUGAGUUCUGGCACCGAGCAUCAGGAGUGGGGGAAUGGAAUGAUGAGGACUGUAAUAUAAAUCAAUAUUUCAUUUGUGAAAAAUAAUGUUAUUGUACAGAGAGGCCUAGAGUGACUAGCCUUGGUCUACUCCGCCUGCAUGGUACUAAUGAUCAUCCUGUUUGAUUGUAAAUGACAUUUCCAGAUUAAGUCAAACUCAUUUUAUUAUUGAGAAUUGAUUUAAUUGAUUUACAGACUAGUUCAUUGUUUUUCAAAAAAUAGUUUGUGUUGAGCUUCUUAUGGAGUAGCUUGGUAGUGCUUUGCUUGCUCUAGGACGCGGGUCCUUGACCAUAAGUCCCAAGUUGAAAAUUGUCAUGUAGAAAAAAGGCUGCUUAUGUACCAAUUAAAAUGUUAAUUCAUUA